AUGUUUCUAUCAAAGGAGGGUGGUCGGCUUGAAGACGAUGGUGGCCAACAACAGAGAUGUGGAGGAAGACAAUUGAAAACGGAGAUGGAUGAUGAAGAAGUGGUUGUAGCGUCGAUGGUUGAUGAUGAAAUGAAAAUGAAUUUGGGAAAACAAAACAAUUUUCAUGAUAUCAUUGGGCCAUCAGUAGCAGGCAAAAUAGAAAUCAGCAAUAAAAAGUCCCAAUUCAAACCCACUAUUGACGAUAUCAAACCUCGUCUCCGUGAUCUGUCUUUUUUUCUGGCUCUCGAGUUGGGGUUUGAUGGUUGCUAGAGGGACGUUGAGGGAAAGAGAGCCGUGAAUGUAAGACGACCUGGUCAGAUGAAUCAUGCAACUCUUGUGUUCUUUGUUUUUCUUGCAUCAGAUAAAUGUGUGUGUGUGUGUCAAUCGGAG